AGAGAAUGACAAAAGUUAGCUGGCUAUAUUUGCAAGUUAAAGAUUGCCAUGACCUCGUUAGUUUGUAUUAUUCACUGAAUUUGCAUGUAUUAGCAUUACUCUUACAUUAGAUACACUGUCGAAUAUUCACGACUAGCUGAAAUGGUUACCCAAAUUUCAUAUAAAGAGGAUAGCUAGCCUUGGCUAACUUAGCUAGCUAGCUAAGUUUUCAAGUUAACAAUACGUCGCAGAUUUGUGAAAUUAUUUACUUGUCAGACACACUCUAAAUGAAAUCCUAUGCUAGUAAUAUCGUUCCUUGUAUUACGUUGUACCUCAACUAGUUAUGAAACUGGAGCUAACGCACCAGUUGACGAAGUGGCUUUAGCUAUAUUUUACAUAGGAGAAAUCGGUCCCGAUGAAUACGGAAAAGAAAACUAUUACCCAUUGUCAGCUUUGUUAAAAAGCGCGGUUUACAAUUACAGCGUAUUGUGAGGUGCCUGAGUUUCUUACCGAAGGAGGGUCGGAUCAACCUGCGGUUAUCACUUUCUUGUACAAUGGCGGGUCCCUUGUUGGAGUUUGAGACGGAGAUGUUUCUCGGUCUUUUCGGUACUGAUGGGCUGCUGGUGACGGCAGAAGGAAUGGGCAUUGAUCGCAUGCUGCUCCAAUUCUUGCGGGUGUACUCCGAGGAAGGAAGUCUUGUGCUCUUGUUAAAUACAACCACGCCUGAACAGGAGUACUUUACUGAACAGCUGCGGGCAGAGGGAGUGAGUCACCUUCCCCAGACGGUGACUAGUGACGUGCAGAGCAGCGAGCGCUACCGCGUGUACACACAGGGAGGAGUUCUCUUCGUCACCAGCCGCAUCCUGGUGGUGGACUUUCUCACAGACAGAAUCCCAGCACAUCUCAUCUCAGGAAUCUUGGUAUAUCGGGCCCACAAGAUCAUUGAGUCCUGUCAAGAAGCUUUCAUCCUAAGGCUUUUCCGCCAGAAGAACAAGACCGGUUUUAUCAAGGCCUUCACAGACAAGGCCACAUCCUUCUCCUCGGGAUUCUGCCAGGUGGAGCGGGUUAUGAGAAACCUCUUUGUCAAGAAACUCUUCCUCUGGCCCAGAUUCCAUGCUGCUGUGAACUCUGUGCUGGACAGACAUAAGCCUGAUGUGGUGGAGUUGCACGUGUCCCUCACCCCAGCCAUGAGAGCCAUCCAGAGCUCAGUGCUGGACAUCAUGAACGCUUGCCUGAAAGAGCUCAAACGCUACAACCCCACCCUGGAGGCUGAGGACCUCUCCCUGGAGAACACUCUGGGCAGUGCCUUUGAUAAGACGAUCCGGCACUACCUCGAUCCUCUGUGGCAUCAGUUGGGGGCCAGGACCAAGUCCUUGGUCCAGGACUUGAAAAUACUGCGCACUUUGCUGCUGUACCUGACACAGUAUGAUUGCGUCACCUUUCUGAACCUUCUAGAAUCCCUGCGGUCCAGCCAGAAAGCUUUCGGAAGUAACUCAGGGUGGUUAUUCUUGGACUCCAGUACAUCAAUGUUUGUCAAUGCACGUACACGUGUCUACAGAGUGCCUGAGGCAAAGAAGAAGCUUAAGGUUGGCAGUGAUCCAGAACAGAAACCAAACAGCUCAGCUGAAGUGAAAAGGGAGCUGGUGCUUGAGACGAACCCUAAGUGGGAGGCGCUCUCAGAGGUUAUGCAAGAGAUCGAGAGAGAGAACAGCCAAUCGGAAAACAACCCAGGCCGGGUGCUGAUCUGUGCCAGCGAUGACCGCACCUGUGCCCAGCUUAAAGAAUACAUCACCAAAGGGGCGGAGUCUUUGCUCUCCCGCCUUUAUACACGCACCAUUGGCAAGAACGAGGCCCCUUUUGACCUCGGCUUUGAGGAGAGGGGCAAAGCGAAGGGCAGGAAAGACCAGGGGAAGGGGCCCAAUGGGAAGGGGCCCAAUGGCAAGAAGCCCAGAGCCAAACAAGCAAAGGGCUGCAGGAAGAACCUGAAGCCAGUGCUGACCCUGACCCAGAUGGUGGAAAAGGAUGAGGGGGCAGAGGGAGAGCGCAUGGGCAGCAGUGCAGAUGAAGGAGAAGAAGAGGAGGAGACUAUCGAGGAAGAGGAGCUUCUCUUAGAUCUGCCCUCCGAUGCUUACUAUGGCAUCCUGAAGGAGCCACUGACCGUAAUCCACCCGCUGCAGGGUUGCACUGACCCCUACAGUCUGACCCGUGUACUGCAUGAGGUUGAGCCCAGCUAUGUGGUGCUGUAUGACGCUGAGCUCUCCUUUGUAAGGCAGUUGGAGAUCUUCAAAGCUAGUCGGCCAGGAAAACAGCUGAGGGUGUAUUUCCUCAUCUAUGGUGGCUCCACUGAGGAGCAGCGGUAUCUGACAACCCUGCGGAAGGAGAAGGAAGCCUUUGAACAUCUGAUCAGGGAGAAGGCCAGUAUGGUGGUACCUGAAGAGAGAGAGGGACGGCAAGACACCAAUCUGGACCUGGUGCGCAACCAAGAUCUUGCAAAUGCCACCACCAAUACACGCAAAGCAGGAGGUCAGGAGGAAGCAGCUGUGCCCUCUCGGGUCAUCGUGGACAUGCGGGAGUUUCGCAGCGAGCUUCCGUCCCUGCUGCACCGGCGGGGGCUGGACAUCGAGCCUGUGACGCUGGAGGUGGGGGACUACAUCCUGACCUCGGACAUGUGCGUGGAGCGCAAAAGCGUGAGCGACCUCAUCGGCUCCCUGCAGAGCGGCCGGCUGUACACCCAGUGCCUGUCCAUGACCCGCUUCUACCGCCGGCCCGUGCUCCUCAUCGAGUUCGACCCGGCCAAGCCCUUCUCGCUGGUGGCCCGGUCCGACCUCCGGCAGGAGUUCUCCUCCAGCGACAUCAGCUCCAAGCUCACCCUGCUCACCCUGCACUUCCCCCGCCUGCGGCUGCUCUGGUGCCCCUCGCCCCACGCCACGGCCGAGCUCUUCCAGGAGCUGAAGCGUGGCCGCCCCGAGCCGGACGCCGCCGCCGCCCAGGCCGUGACAGCCGAGUCGGACACGGUGAGCGAGUCUGCCGACCUCUACAACCCCGGUCCUUACGACUUCCUGCUCCGCAUGCCGGGGGUCAAUGCCAAGAACUACCGGGCUCUCAUCAGCAAUGCAGCAAACCUGGCAGAACUGGCCACACUGAGCCAGGACCGACUGGCUGAGAUCCUGGGCAAUGCUACAAAUGCUAGGCAGCUGUACCAGUUCCUCCAUGGCUCCAUGGAUGUCCCACUUGCUCAAAAGGGCAAGACGACAGAGUCCAGAGGGAGGAGGUGAUCAGGAAGAUCUCUGACCUCACUCAGCUCCCACACACAGGUGUGGACAUAGGUGUGGCUCAGUGUGCUGGACAAACUCAAUUUUAUGUUUAUUGCAAGCCAUUUUUCUAAAAUUGAUAUGAAAUUUUUGAAACCUAAAUUAUGCGUAAAAUGAAAAUAAUUUAAAAAGUGUUUUUUCUUA